CCCGCCUAGACACAGCGCCAUGCGUCUCCUCGGUCCCUUGCUUCUGCUUCUCGAAUACUUGGCUUUCUCUGACUCAGCCCAGUGGACGUUUGAACAUCCCAAGAUCCUCUACGCCUGGGAUGGAGCCUGCGUCUGGAUUCCCUGCCGCUACCGUAUCCUAAACAAGCACUCGCUAGAUAACCUGACCGUGUACCACAAUUAUAAGUACGACAGCUCCACCAAGAGCUACAAUGGGACCAUCCUCUAUAAGAACCUAAAAAUCAGGGAGUUUCCUGCUGGUCAGGGAAGGGUACAGUUCCUGGGAAACGGCAGAUACAACUGCACCCUCCUCAUCAAUCCCGUGAAAGUCAAUGACAGCGGUCAGCUGGGGCUGAGGAUGACGUCUGGGGAGAACAAAUGGAUGGAGGCCAUCGGCCUCAACAUCUCUGAGACGGCUCCUCCACCCCACAUUGAGCUCCCUCCAGACAUCCGGGAGCUCCGCGACGUCACUGUCACCUGCUCGCUGAAUUUCGCCUGCUUUGAGUACCAGGUUCAUCUGCAGUGGUCCCUGGAGGAGCGUGCGGUCACCUCCACCUCCCUGUCCACCGAGACCGUCUCCACCCAGAGCACUCUCACGUUCCAGCCGCAGUGGACUCACCACGGCAAGAACCUGACCUGCCAGCUCUGGGACCCCACGGAACAGCAGUUACUCUCUGAGGAAACGGUGUGGCUGGACGUGAAGCACGCGCCGAAGUUGAAGAUCCAGGUCAGUCCCAGAGAAGCCACUGUGACAGAGGGAGAGUCUGUGAACAUGACGUGCCAGGUUGUCAGCAGCAACCCACGGCACCAGAAGGUGGCCUGGCUCAGGGACGGGAUCCUGCUGGAGGGGAAGGAGACGCCCACGCUCACUCUGCCCGAGGUGACCAGGAGGAUGAGUGGGCAGUACCAGUGCAAGGCCCACAACGAUGUGGGCUCCGAAGAGUCGGAAGCAGUGGACCUCCAAGUGCACUAUGCUCCGGAACCUUCCAGGGUUCAGAUCGUCUCCUCGCCAACGAAGGAAGGAAAUAAAGUAGAGCUGACUUGUAUAUCACUGGCCAAUCCUCCUCCAACGAAUUACACCUGGUACUACAAUGGGCUAGAAAUGCCUGGAAAGACGGACAGGACCUUCCAGAUCCCAGAGGUCCUCCUCAGGCACGCUGGGGAGUACUCCUGCUUGGCGGAAAAUGAUCUUGGUCCUGGACGAGUUGGCCAGGAAGCUGACUUGGAAGUCCAGUAUCCCCCCAAGGAGGUAAUCACAGUGAUUCAAAGCCCCACACCGAUUCGAGAAGGAGACAGUGUGAUCCUGUCCUGUACCUACAAUUCCAGUAAUCCCAGAGUUACCCGAUAUGAAUGGGAUCACCUAGGCUUCCAGGACCAGCUAUCACCCGCUGGGCUGACGAUUCGAAAAGUUGCCUGGGACACAGGGCCAGUCAAGUGCGCAGCCUGUAACCAGUGGUGUUUGUGGUCUCCCCCUGUCGACCUGGAUGUCCAGUAUGCCCCCAAAGAUGUCAGUGUCCAGGUCACUCCCCACAGUGAGAUUCGCUCUGGGCGCCCGGUCCUCCUCCAAUGUGACUUCUUAAGCAGCCGCCCCGCGGAUGUCCGCUUCUUCUGGAAGAAAAAUGGAAUCUUUCUGGAGGAAGGAAAGAAACUGAGCUUUGACGCCAUCUCUCCAGAAGAUGCUGGAACUUACCACUGCUUGGUCAACAAUUCCAUAGGACAGACCUCGUCUAAGGCCUGGGCUCUCCAAGUGCUGUAUGCACCCAGGAGCCUGCAUGUGUCCAUCAGCCCGAAAGACGGAGUGGUGGAGGGGAAGAAAGCGGUCCUGACGUGUGAGAGCGACGCCAACCCUCCCACCUCCCACUACGCAUGGUUUGACUGGAAUAACCAAGACCUCCGCCAUUACGAUCAGAGUCUGAGAUUGGACCCUGUGACGCUGCAGCACUCAGGCGCCUAUUGGUGCCAGGGGACCAACAGGCUGGGCCGGGGCCAGUCGCCGCCCACCACCCUCACCGUCUACUAUAGCUCAGCCUCCAUCAUCAGGCGAGUGGCCUUGGGAGUGGGGUUCUGUCUGGCCAUCUUCCUCCUGGCAAUCUGGGGAGUCAAGCUGCAGCGGAGCUGGAAGAGGAUUCAGAGACAGCAGGGGCUUCGGGAAAGUUCCAGUGGACAGAACUUCUUUGUGAGGAAUGUAAAGGCUCGAAGGACCCCCCAAGCUGAAGGCCCCCACUCCCUGGGGUGCUACCAUCCAGUGACGGAAGACGCCGUCAGCUAUGCUGCCUUGCGCUUUCCUCUUGGCGAGACGGAUGCACCGAGACCUGGAGAUGCAGGGACCUCAGAGACGUGGAGACUUUCCUCAAACAGGGACGACACGGUCACUUACUCUGUGGUGCAGAAGCGUCACGUGGGCGACUAUGAGAACGUGACUCCAGAGGUCCUAGAAGACGAGGGGAUACAUUACUCGGAGAUGGUCCAUUUUGGGUUUGGGGAGCGGCCGCUGGCCCAGGAAGGAGUGGAAUACGUGACCCUCAAGCAAUGAUGGGCCAAACCAGCUGAGGUGAAGGGGCCAGGGGCCGCAGGGGCCAGGGCG